CACGUCAUAGUUACUGAUAAAUAUCAAUCCUAACAUUUGAGGUGUUGUGUAAAUGUAUGAUUUUAGUAUAUAUUGCAAAUCGAGCUCCACAUCGUCGCUGUGUCUUUGUUUUAAGGAAAAACCACGUUGGGAGACACUAAUCUGCUCCAACGUUUCCUGGGUAUAGUUUUGCGCAUGCGCGCUCCCCGCGUCCUGUUUUAAUAAAAAAAAAAAAAAAAAAUCCACUCGAAAAUGGCCGCCUCUCUAAACCUCUGCCUAAGGAUUAAACGAGCAUGAACUGAAUAAAAUAUGAUGCCGACAUCGCUGUCCAGCUUCAAGACGAUAGCCAUGGCCGCGAGGGUGUAGUUUGUGCGCCAUCUUCACAAAGAUGUGACUGCCAGAGAAGAGAAACGUAUGCGUUCCGAAAUUAACCCUUUCCUUCUAACAUCCACCAAGAAAAAAAGAAAAUGAUGCACCAAGUGACCAGCAGCAACAGUGACUAUUGUAUGGGUGGGCUGGCCGAGGACUGCCACCCAGCCAGCCACUUCGACUUAUGUAGCACACAGUCCAGCAAAUUCUACCCUUCUCCGACCACCCCUGGUUUGCAGCUGUCCCUCGCCGGCUUAGCCCCUCUGCCGCAGGGCAUGCACAAGGCCAUGGUCUGUCAAAUCCAAGACACCCAGAACAACUUCCAGCCUCAGGCGGUGAGAGUCCGGGGCGGUGAGGCCGCGGGGGCCGAGGGCCCCAAGAAGAAGAAGGGCAUAGUGAAGUCGGGGCGUCGAGGGAGGCCGUCGGGGACGACAAAGUCAGCUGGUUACCGCACGAGUACUGGACGUCCACUUGGGACAACUAGAGCGGCCGGGUUUAAAACCAGCCCGGGGAGGCCUCUUGGUACCACCAAAGCAGCGGGAUACAAGGUCAGUCCCGGAAGGCCCCCCGGCAGCAUCAAGAGUCCGGCCCGGCUCAAGAAGAUGGAGUUUGAUUGUGACGGCGCCAAGAAACUGGACUUUAGCCAAUGCAGUGUGCCCAAGAAACUGGACUUUGCUAGUUGUGAUGUUCCGCCGUUUUCAUACCCUAUGAUGGAGAAAAGACCCCUCGGCGAGUCCAGUGGCAAAGUGGAUGAAACCAGCGAAUAGAUGUGCAGUGUACUCUUCCCCCCCCCUCCCCCCCCCGGUGCUUGAAAAAACAUUUGAGUGAAUGAGCGAGAAGAUACGGAAAAUGUUUCUCACAAAUGUUGGGGAAAAUAACUUUUUGACGUUCAGAAAUGGAUCCAAAGGAGUGUUUCUACAGUGAUUGACAUUUUCUUCAUCUUCUCAUAAUUAAAGUCUAUUAAAAGUGUAAUUCCAGUUUGGCAGAAAUGCAUGCAUUACGAAAUAAUCACACCAAUCAGUAUCUGUGAAAAAAGCACUUGGUGGUGCAGACUUCACUAUAGCGGGACUCCUUUUUGUACUUGUGUGUGACAUUUAAUUCUUCUCUGCCUGUUCAUUUCCAUGGCUGAUUUUUUUAUUACAUUAUUAAAGAUGUAAGUACAGCCAGUCAAAUCAGCUGUUUCCUGAGUCCAACUAUGUGGAUGUAUAGUUGUCCUUUCUGUGUUUUACAAUUUAAAUGUUGUUUUUUUGUAACAUUAUCAUACCUAAAAUAAGACUGCAUUACAUUUUUAUUUCACUUAAAUCAUUUUAUUCAAAAUAAUUAUCUUUUUGUAUACAGUAUUUGUAAUUUUGGCAAUAUGAAUAUCAUUUAGUAUGUAUUGUGACGGCCUGUUUUCCUCCCCAAACUCACUUGAUAAGCGCUUCCAGACUUACAUGUAUGUUGUUAUUGCUGUUAAUUAGGAAAGAAAAAACUCCACGAAACAUGCUCUGCUUUCUGAUCUAUGUAAUAAAUGGAAAUGUGCUGUGUGUGAAGCCAAAAUAAAAGAAAUAGUCUUUUCCACGUAA